UGCGUGACUGUCGUCUUAGUUUUUCCACUCUCCACUUUCUAUUUCUGACCGGAUUUCUCUUUGUCGUUCACCCUCCAGUUUCUGACACAAUUCUACACUCCCACGUUUAGAUUAAAAAAAAACACUCCAAUGCCACGGAAAUACCCUAUAAUUUAUCUAAUAACCCUUCUUCUUCUCUAAUGACCCAGAUAGCAAAUAUCUAAAGCUGUCCAUUGUGCAUUACAAUCAAAAGGGAAAGAGAGUAGAGUUCAUCUGAACCAUACACCAUCUGUUCCCUUGCUAGAUUUAGACUACCAAAUCGCUGGAACUGACAUCAACGAUGGAGCCGCCUGACAAUGUUGUGUACGAUGAUAAACUGCAUAGAAUAGACUUACGUGGGGAGGUGGAAAAGAAUUGGAGGGAGGAGCAUGGACCGUAUAUCCUUUCAUGGGAUAUGAGACAACAACAACUUUGUCAUGCACCUCCUCAGAUUGGUGAGAUGCCCUGCGAUCAUGCCUAUUACAGCUGGUACCGUUCGGUCACUCGAAAGUAUGUCGACCGCAACAGCGCUAAAUUAGAUAUAAUGAUUGAAAGUCAUUUAGCGCUGUUGGAGAUGCUUCCUGAAGGUAGCCGAGCUCACAACCAUGUCCGGCACCUCCUAAAUAAUGUGGCUGGGCUUGGUGGUGGUCCUGCAGCCGAUGCCCAGGCAAACAAUGGGCAUGACACUGAAUCAGCAGCUACUGCAACCCCAAGCACAAGCGCAGCACCCGUAAGUACACCGACCCGUGGUUUGCGUGCUACUGCAAGUCCAAGUACAAGUGCUAGUAGGGGCCGUGGUUGGCCUGCUACAGCAAGCCCAAGCACAUGUGCACCUAGGGGCCGUGGUCGACCUGGUACAACAAGCCCAAGCACAAGUGCACCUAGGGGCCAUGGUCAGCCUGGUACAGCAAGCCCAAGCACAAGUGUAGCUACAGGCCGUGGUCCACGUGCAACAACCCCUCGGGUUGUAACUACUCCUUCUUUACCUGCACCCAUCUCGCACGUAUCUCCUCAGCCCGAGGUCCAUCCACCCAUCCCAGAUGCAUCUCCACCCAUGGUAGAUGCAUCUCCUCAGCCCGAGGUCCCUUCACCCACCCCACCUUCGCAGCCUAGAUUUGAUCUCGGUAUUAAUUUUCAUUUGACCCCUCCUAUACACCCCGAGACACCCUCAUACCCACCCACCUGCUCCAGUGCACCCACCAUGCCCAUAGACCCACUUACCUCAUCCUCAUCUGACCCUCUAGGACCUCCAGUUGGGAUUGACACUGCACAGCCAACUGUUGAUGUACCGGACGAGCAUCCCCCUCCUCAGCCCUCACCCCCACAAGGUAGACCGCAACGUGCUAGAAGAGCACCCACUUGUGGGACAGGUGGACACAAAAUAGGAUGUGCAAGCAGCUCUAUGCCUAAGGAUGAUGCCCCGCAGCCUCCUCCCCCGCCCAAACAUUACACGAGGGUUAAAAAACGCAAAAUUGGUGAACCUUGAAAAAGAGAUCUGCCAAUGCAUUGAUGUCUGUGGUGGUUGGUGGUUGGUUGAAUCUGUUGAAGAAGGAGCUGUUGGUUCGAAUGUGUGGGUGCUCCCAUGAGUCAAGAACAGAAGUGAGGGAAGCAGGAGAAAGGCUCUGAUCAUGCUGAGAAGGUUGUCGUUGCUGUUAAGGCAUCGAAGGAAAUUCCCAAGACUGCUCUGGUGUGGGCCUUGACCCAUGUUGUUCAACCUGGAGAUUGCAUUACAUUGCUUGUGGUUGUUCCUUCACAAGGUUCAGGAAGAGGCGGCAGGAUUGGGAAAGAUGAGGCAUAAGAGAUUGGUGAAUCUGAUUGGUUGCUGUGCUGAAGGAGAUGAACGACUUUUGGUAGCUGAGUACAUGCCCAAUGAUACGAGAUUUCAUGAAGCCAGGACACGAUCAGUACGUUUAUUUGUAUUUGCAUCUAAAUUCUUUUGAUAUAAAGUUAAAAGGUUGUAGUGGCUUGACAGAUGUCGUGUGAAAGGCUCUCUAUUAGAAGUCAAUGAUAGGUUAAUCAAGCAGCCGGGAUUGCUUAAUUCAUCGUCGCCCAAGAGUCUUGUGUAGCUCAAUUGGCACAUCCUGGUGUUUCUAAUGGAGUUAAAAAGAAAGAGCUCGCUUGAUCAAGAAACUUGCAAAGAUUAAGGAAGAACAGGGGCUUAUAGCUGAAGCUGCAGAUUUGAUGCAAGAAAUUGCCUUAGGUGGAAACCUUUGGUGCAAUGGCAAAAACUGGAAAAAUUGCAUUUAUUCUAGAACAAGUACGUUUGUGCUUAGACCACCAGGAUUAUGUUCGUGCCCAAAUCCUGUCAAGGAAGAUCAGUCCAAUAGUUUUUGAUAUUGAUACUUCAAAAGAAAAGAAAAAGCCUAAAGAAGGUGACAAUCUUGUUGAAGAGGCUCCUGCUGAUAUACCAUCUCUGUUGGAGUUGAAGCGGAUUUACUAUGAACUAAUGAUAAGUGUUUCAUCAACUUUGAAGGUAUUAUACCCAUAACAAUGAUUACCUUGAAAUUUGUCGUUGCUAUAAGGCAAUUUAUGACAUUCCAUCUGUCAAAGAGAACCCAGCACUGUGGACUCCGGUCCUGAGGAAAAUCUGUUGGUUUUUGGUUCUGGCACCUCAUGAUCCAAUGCAAUCAAGCCUUCUUAACUCAACCUUGGAUUAUAAGAUUCUUUCUGAGCUUCCAAAUUUUAGGUUGAUGUUGAAGGUGGCCGUCAUACUGCUUUCUUCUCAAAUUAUAUGCCUCAAUUUUACAUGAGGACUGCAGAUAUAACUGGGAAGGUGGAACUACCUGAAAGCGUAAAGAUGGUGAUGCCUGGUGAUAAUGUGACUGCAACUUUUGAGCUAAUGGCACCUGUUCCUCUUGAAGCAGGACAAAGAUUUGCUUUGAGAGAAGGUGGUAGAACAGUUGGUGCAGGGGUUGUCUCAAAAGUAAUUGGCUGAGAGGGCAGUGCACUUCCUGUUGAAUUUUUUGUGUCCUCUCAUUUGUGGAAAAGUGUUAAUAGAGAAUGAGGGUGCACUUCUAGUGAUAAUUGCUGACUUGUUAAUAGCAUUUACUUUAUUGCUUGUUCUUUGACAUUUACAGUGAAAAUAAAUUGGAUAUUAGAUUGGAAAUUUCUUGGAAGUGCAAAUUAUCACAAGAUAUUCUUGUUCACUUCAGCAGUAAUUUUUCUGUUCAUAUUUGAAAAAAAAUAAAGUUAUCUCUAUCUCUCAUAUGUAGCUUUUGAAGAAUUUUGUUGUGCAAUCUAUGUUCACUACGAACCAUCUUCUUGUUAUCUAUGAUUCAAAGACAAAUUUGUAAAGUUAAAAAAUUACAAUGUGUUUUAUUUAUAAAUUCUGGUCCCAAUUAACUGGUUUCUAUGGUAAAUUUCUCUCUC